AUGGCAUCAUUCGUCGGUGCCUUUGCGAACCCGUUGAAUUAUGUCGGAGGAGUCAGUUUCAACCCCGACCGAGACAUCCCCGAUCUGUCCGGAAAGGUUGUGAUGGUAACAGGUGGAAACGGUGGCCUUGGCAAGGAGACAAUUUUGCAGCUAGCAAACCAUCGGCCAAGCAAAGUUUUCAUGUGCGCCCGUUCGGAAUCUAAAGCGACAGAGGCCAUUAAGUCACUCAAGUCAUCCAUUCCAAAUGGGAUAGAAAUAACUUGGCUUCCUAUGGACCUGAUGUCCACCAAAUCCAUUCGAGACGCUGCCGAGCGUUUCAACGCUCAAUCCAGUAGACUUGAUAUCCUGGUCCUCAACGCCGGUGUUAUGGCUCUGCCCUCGGGCGAAACAGAAUUGGGUCACGAAAUUCAACUUGGAACCAACCAUACUGGUCAUUUUCUACUCACGAAAUUGCUGUUGCCGACCCUUCUCAAGACAGCCGAGGAACCUGACUCCGAUGUACGCGUUGUGUCACUCUCUUCGGUGGGACACAAUCUUGCUCCCUCAUUCGACACAAUUUUGAACCAAGAAAAGCUCAAAAAGGUCAAUACCAAUGCUCGAUAUGGCGCAUCCAAAGCUGCCAACAUCCUUUUUGCUGCCGAACUAAGCCGACGCUAUCCAUCGAUCACGUCUGUCUCUGUUCACCCAGGCAUUAUCCUGACAGAUCUGUACGAUUCCAUUAGUCAGCGCUCAUCUGUGAUUUCUCUGGGCACAAAAACAUUGCAAUUUUUUGGGACAUCGGUUCCUGAAGGUGCAUAUAAUGAACUGUGGGCGGCUGCUGGUGCGAAAAAGGAAGACCUCACCAACGGAGGAUAUUAUAUCCCUGUUGGGCAUUUGAAGCCGCACAACAAGUAUGCACGAAGCAAAGAAAUGGGCAAACAAUUGUGGGAAUGGACUGAAGCUGAACUGAAAAAAGUCGACUUGUGA